GGGAUUUUAGGCGAUUUUGGUAGAGAUUAACGGGAUUUUGGGGGAUUUAUGAGGGCAAGGGCUUAUUGGAGUGUAGGAAGGAAGUAAGAGUGGAGAGAAUGGAGCAUUGGGGACAAUGGAGGAGAUGAUGAGGUUGAAGGAAGGGAAUAUUGUGGCGGAGUUGGGGUUGAUCAGGCCAGGAGCGAAGAGGAACUCGAAGUUUAAUAAUUCUAAUGUGAGGAAAGCGUUUAAUGCAGCGAAGAGAAUAUGUCAAAUCAAUCAAGGAGUUAGGCCACAAAGGAUGAUCGAGAAAUCAUUGCCAGUUAACGAUAUUGAUACACUUUCUAAUCAAAGUAAAAAUACCAGUAAAGGGAAAAUGCAGGCUAAGCCAGUUUUGUCAAAUAUGAGUGAUAUGACUCACAGUACUUUUCGAGGCCAAAAGAUGAUUCAGAAAGCUUUGAACAUGAGAGAAUCAGACGAUAUGAUUCAGCAAGAGGAACAUGUAAAUGAUGAAUUAGGGAAGCUUCUUGAUAUUGAUGAAUUCAUAAAAUCUUACAGGAAGGCUAAACCAAAAUAAGAAUAAGAAUACUAAUGUCAAGGAUAUAAUAGGAGAUGAGAUUAGGAGGUUCAAACUUCAGCAAAGGAAAGCUGCUCGUCAUAACCAAAUGAGGAAGGGAUGGCUCAAAAAGAAUGUCCGCCAGGAUGAAGAGAAGGAAGAGGUUGAGGAAGAUACUAAAUCAAAACUUCCAUGAAUUUUUAAGCCAUCAGAUGGCAGCAACGAGAAUGGAUCAAUACAUACACCAAAAAUUACAAAAGGAACGAAUAAAGGAUCUUUUACAAUCCAUAAAAGUAAUAAAAUCAAAGUACAGAAAAAUAGAGAUGGUAAUCAAUCAAAGGCAGAUCUAGCUUUAACGGCUAGGACAAGCUCACAGGUUAUUACCCCAAAUGUGCAUUUAACACCUCAAAAGAAGACAUUUCUAACCAAGAUUGAUACCGGUAGAAACAAGCAGUCAUUGAGAAGCUCAUUUGACCUAGAAAAAGUCGAGGAAGAGAUCAAGUUAAUGAAUUUAAAAGUUCUUAAUAAAAUCAAUAUUAGGAAAGGUUCAUUACCAUCUCUAAAUGCGAUGAAGAAGAAGCCGAAAUUGUCACAAAAUCUAGACCUUGUAGAGGCUCUGAAGAAGAGGGAUCCUGCGAGGUAG